AUGAACAAUAAGUUGCCUCCCGCCAACGAAACGUUCUUUACAACCGAUUAUGAUGUGUUAUACCUUCCAUUAGACGAUUCGGAGGACGAUUAUGAUACUGGUGAUGACGGUGAAAAUGAUGAAAAUAUAAUACUUGUGAACGAAGCUGAGAACAAAGAAAAUACCCCCCCUGAACUUCCUGGACAUUAUGAGGAAAUUUUCAUUGAAUAUGAGAAGAAUUUCCGAGGACUGAGUCGUGAGCAGUUAGAUAAUAUUCUAAUGGGUCAAUUAUUGGCAUUUGACAAUGAAACAGACGGCAUCAUUCCAAGAGUUCAUGGAAACACUAAACGCAUUCCACAACGAAAUACGAAAGUUACAAUCAAUUAUGAACUUGCAAAAGAAGUGAGAACAUUUGUUACCAAUUAUGCUUCUGUAAAUGGUCUACCAUCCCCCGGUCGUCACUUAUCUAAAGUUACGUCUGCACUUAUCUAUCUACCGACUAACGAAAAUUACACAACUGUCUUCGAGCACUUUCAACAAUCGAUGAGACUUACAUUUGGUGAUGAACAGAAGAUAAUGUCUCGAAAUUCUUUUGUGCGCUUAUGGAAGGCUUUAACACCUCAUAUAACAUUCCUGAAACCACAAUCUGACUUGUGUACUGUCUGUGAAGAACUUCGUUACAAAAUUGCACAUAAUAAUGACCCUCAAAGAAAAGAGGAUGUUAUCAAAGAAUAUAGUGAUCAUCUGCGAGUGGCUAGGCUGGAGCGAGACUACUAUCAAUGUAACAUCACACAAGCUCAGCAGGAUACCGAACAACUUUCUAUUAAGCAACUAAUUCAGAACCCAUUAUUAAAGUCUAUCGAUG